AUGUCCAACAGCAGCUCCAUCAGCCACUUCCUCCUGCUGCCAUUGGCAGACACGCGGCAGCUGCAGCUCCUGCACUUCUGCCUCUUGCUGGGCAUCUCCCUGGCUGCCCUCCUGGGCAAUGGCCUCAUCAUCAGUGCUGUAGCCUGCAGCCACCACUUGCACAUGCCCAUGUUCUUCUUCCUGCUCAACCUGGCCCUCAGUGACCUGGGCUCCAUCUGCACCACUGUCCCCAAAGCCAUGCACAAUUCCCUCUGGGACACCAGGAACAUCUCCUACUCAGGAUGUACUGCGCAAGUUUUUCUGCUCAUCUUCUUACUUGGAACAGAGCUUGCCCUCCUGACAGUCAUGUGCUACGACCGCUAUGUGUCCAUCUGCAAACCUCUACACUACAGGACCCUCCUGGGCAGCAGAGCUUGUGCCCACAUGUCAGCAGCUGCCUGGGCCAGUGCCUUUCUCAAUGGUCUCAUGCACACAGCCAAUACAUUUUCCCUGCCCCUGUGCCAUGGCAAUGCCCUGGGCCAGUAUUUCUGUGAAAUCCCACAGAUCCUCAAGCUCUUCUGCUCCAAAUCCUACCUCAGGGAACUUGCGGUCAUUGUGGUUAGUCUUUGCUUAGGUUUUGGUUGUUUUGUGUUCAUGGUUUUCUCCUGUGUGCAGAUCUUCAGGGCUGUGCUGAGGAUCCCCUCUGAGCAGAGACGGCACAAAGCCUUUUCCACCUGCCUCCCUCACCUCCCUCACAAGUUUCCCUCUUCCUCAGCACUGUCAUUUUUGCCUACCUGA